GCCUGAGCCGGUGUGAUGCGGUGGUUCACCGCAGUGGUUGUGGUUGUGUUGUGAAGUGAACGAAUGAAUGUGGUCGCUGCUGGUAGCACUGAUUCUUCUGCAAGAGGCGUGUUAGGUUAAUUUAAAUGAUGAAAUAUUGAAAGGUUAUUGUGUGGCGUAUGUGUGUCGCUGCAAAUUUUAGUGGUAAUUCGUGACAAUAAUGAGUGAUUCGGAUGAUGAUCCAAUUGUUUCUCAGAUACCAGUGUAUUUAUCUCAAGAAAUGAAAAAUCAAUUAUAUCUCUUUCAAUAUCCUUCAAAACCAAGAAAUUCAACUGGUGAACCUCCACAAAUCCAGAAGUGCAUGAUUAAACCCCAGAAUAAGCAAGUGAAGAUGGAAUUAGCAGUUAAUCCUAAUUCAAACUAUGAUUAUGGGAAAGGUGAAUACAUGGCACUAAAUGUAGACGGUCCAUCAUCAAGCAAAGAUGGAAAAAUUUUCAAGAGUGGCCUUUUGGACAAGACUGUGUUAGAGUCAACAUGCCCUGUGCCAGAUGCUGGACGUUAUGCCAUUGGUGUUCUUCAUGCUGGAGAACUUCAUUUAAACCCUCUGUACACAUGUGUAGAAAUGCGAAAUUACCUUCCAUUUUUGGAUACUGGUGACAAGAGAGCAAAGGAGGCUGCAAAGUCUCGUGAAGACGGGGAAGUCGAGGAAGAAGAACUGAAGCAAAUUACUGUGAAAUUUGCUCGUCAGGAAUCAGAAAGAGUCAAAAGGGCUAGGGAGCGUUCUUUUAAUUAUCUCAGCAAAAAAAGCGCUGAAGAACCAUGGUAUUCCACAGAAUUUCACCCAUAUCGUUCUGAAAAAUCUGAGGCUAGACUUUUUUGUCCUGCACCUGAAGAGAAACCUAUGCAACUAAGUCUGGAUGGUGAGCAGUAUCGUGAACUGUUAGCCCCUCCUGAGGCACUAGAUGAUGCUGUAUAUGCUGAGGUUUUAGGCUUUGAUGAACUGAUGGAACUGUUAGAAGGUGAUGAGAAGCCCAUGGAAGUUGUGCGCACCUUGCAACAAGUGGGUGUGUUGGUCCAGGGCAAUUGGGUCAUCAAGAGUGAAGAACUCUACCCAGCAGAAGGUUCCUAUCCUCCGGGAAUUACAGCAGAUGCACUUUGUCAAGCAAGAGAUUAUAUGUUUACUAGGAAGCUGUGCUUACCAAUGACAGAAUUGCAGAAUGGUGCCCGAAUUACACCAAGUAUUCUACGUGAAAUUGUGGAGAGGCUAGCAAUUAUGCUACCUCUAAAAGGUUGGGAAUUCAAGUUACCUUCUGAUGAAACAUUUGGUGUGAGGUUUCCUGAAGUGUCGCAGAGGCAGCAGAUGAUGUGGGAGGCUCGGAUGAAGAACAUGUGAUGCUUCCCCAUCUGCAAAGGAGCUCUCUGAUCUGCUCCAAUGGAAUAUUGGGUGAAACAUUACUGUCAGGCUGGCAGUAUUUGAAGCAUUGUCCCAUGCCUCAGCAUGUAACGAAACCCACUCAGAGUGGUAAUAAUACCUGCUUUGGCAAGAGAGUCUUCACAGGGCACAGUGCAGUGCUUAUACUUACAACCAUUUUACGAUUGCGUGACAUGAAGCUAAGAGAACAAAAGUGUCUCUUGAAAGUUUGUUUUGUUAACAGUUUCUUCAGACGUUGGCGAUAUUUAUUUCUGUUGUACAUGAUUUCAACUUCUAUGUAAAUAUAAUGAAAAUACCACAAGACAAUUAAAUCAAUAUAAAUGUGAUACUUGAUGGAAGAAAGCACAUGGAAAUCAUACAUUAAUUUUUUGAAAUUAAAGGGUAAGAUUGCAAGCAGAUAUGUUGUCAUUUUUGUCAUUACAUCCACAAUAAGUUUGCUCAAGUUAUCCAUUGUUUUGAGUUCCAUUAUUCACCCUUCUCCUCCUGCUUUGGC